UUAUGUGCCAACGGUCACGCAUCAACGCACCCGCGCCACAGAGACCGGCUACCUCUUAGCUCCAUUGCGACCGCCAGCCAACAGGCUCCUCAUGAAGCCAUGGGAGUCACCAUUUGCGACGCUGGCGCACUCUGGAAAGCGUGGUCACGAAGAGCGAGAGAUAGCCAACCGCCGCCAAAAAGAUUGUGCGACGCAAGCGUCCAGAGCUUCCCAGCUCAGCGCCAUCACGCCCCCAGGUUUGGUUCAGCCAAACAACUUGGAGCUUUCUCUACCGUCCGUACACUUUUUUUCUCCCCUUUUCUGCUGCUCGCCCGUUGCUCCUAUCCGGCGGCUCGGAAAGCUCUAAAUUGCUGGUUGCGGGGCACGCAGAAGCAACCCCAAGCUAAAGCCUUUGGUCUCCCAGCCAGCCUCUCUGCCCAGUGGGCAAAACAGGUAGUGGUGGCUCUUCUAGCUAAAAGCCUUCUUUCCUUCUACGCGUUCGAAUCCGUCGUCGCGACUUGGUUGGGUCGUCGGGCCAGAACCCUGCAUUUGUCGCGAUUCUUCUCUAUGUCUCGUUCAACUUUGGAUGACCUCUUCGACCACAUGUCGUGGCUGGCAGGGCUGGGAGUCUUGCGUGACCCGAUGGCUGGGAGCAGGGCAACACGGGGACCUUGUGCCCGUGAUCCUUUGAUGUGCUCGUGCGAGACAUGGCAGUUUGGCUUCCACUUUUUCCGAUUUCUCGUUCCCAGAACACCGGAAUCUGGGUAA